GACGGCUGUCGGGGGCGGGGACUGUGAGGUCCGACAGGAAAUCGAAAGAAAGAUGGCCGCAAUCAGAAAGAAACUUGUGAUAGUUGGAGAUGGAGCCUGUGGUAAAACCUGUCUCCUCAUAGUCUUCAGCAAAGAUCAGUUCCCCGAGGUUUAUGUGCCCACUGUGUUCGAAAACUAUGUGGCAGACAUUGAGGUGGAUGGUAAACAGGUGGAGCUGGCUCUCUGGGACACAGCGGGUCAGGAGGACUACGACCGACUGAGGCCUCUCUCCUAUCCAGACACAGACGUCAUUCUCAUGUGUUUCUCCAUCGACAGCCCUGACAGUUUAGAGAAUAUUCCAGAGAAGUGGACUCCUGAGGUCAAGCAUUUUUGCCCCAAUGUGCCCAUUAUUCUUGUGGGAAACAAGAAAGACCUGCGGAACGAUGAGCACACACGUCGAGAGCUAGCUAAGAUGAAACAGGAACCGGUGAAGUCCGAGGAGGCGAGGGACAUGGCCAACCGAAUCAAUGCCUUUGGUUACCUGGAGUGCUCGGCCAAGACGAAGGACGGCGUGAGGGAGGUGUUUGAAAUGGCCACCAGGGCGGCGCUGCAGGCAAAGAGGCGAGGCAAGAAAAGCGGCUGCGUUCUUUUAUAAAGUCAGGCGACGCAGCAGCAGGAGAGAAGGCGGGGAAACAAACAUGGCCAAGAAAAACACACCUUCACUGUGUCUGUUGUCAGCGAGGUGGCCACAGGGAGGAGGGAGAAAAUUCAAACUGGGCUAAAAGAAAAAAAAAAAGGAAGGUCAAAUGCAACGGAUAUGGGAAUAUAUACAUCUAAAUUCAAGGUUAUUGCUUUUAGCUCUCAAAAUAGAAAUACUGUACUUGUUAAGGAUUAAUUAAAGCUGAAAUUAAGAGAACAUGAAGAGAACAGAACAUGUCACUCCCUCUCUCAGUGGAGGACGAUGAACCGUAGUUCUACGGUUUGUGGUUGAGAUUAGGGGGCGACAGAUUAUAUUCUUGCCUAACUAACUGUUGGAACACUUCCAUGGCUUGCAGUGUGACUGUGCUUGUCUUUCAGUUUAGCUCUAACGUUCUUUACAUUUUUCAUUCUCCUUUAUUCCCAAAGUUAGUCCAAACUAACUUAAACAUGGACCUGCUUUUCUUUUUCUUUUUUGAAUCACCCUGUAACGUUUGAUUCAAUUUUUUCUUUCAUUUUAAAAAGCUGAGAGUAUGAUUAUUUGCAGUUACAAGUAAAAAAAGGAAAAAUACGUGACUCAAUUUGAGUGUUUUAUAUUCAAAUGUAAAAUACUACUUGUUGAUUGAGCUUAACUUAGCUCGACUGAAAUAAAUUGGAAUGGACGCGCUGCACCACGUCGGCUAUGAAGCGAUUAACUUAACAUUAUUGUCCUCAAGACAGUAAUUUACAGAUAUUAUUGGGUCUAAUUUAAUCUCCACAGCAGAGAGGCCAGUUAUUCUGAGUAAAGAAAAGACAUCAUUUAUCAUUUCCCCACUUUUUAUUUGAUUGUGAUGCAAAAUGAUCACCUCCUCCAUGUUUACCUGACAAGAUGGGUACAUUUUACAAUUCUAUAGUACUUUCAGCAUUUCUCUUUUCAGCAUAAAUGCUGUUUUCUGUUUUUUUUAGCUCUGCAUUUUUUGUUACUGGUAUAUUUUUUUUUUGAAAAACAUAAUUUUUAAAUAUCAGGCUUAACUUUCAAGGUGCAAAAUAUAAAAAGUGAGCACCAGCAUGUCGGAACAAAACAAGCCCGACCAUGUCCGCACACGUGUUGUUCGCAGGUGUUGUCAGUGCCGAAGGUGAAAGUAAAAGUGGAGGGUCACCUUCAGCUCCAUGACUCCAAAUUUUUUUUUUACUCAUAGCGUCUAUCGCUUUAGCCAAACUUGACCUGGGAACUCAAAGACAUGGGAAGUUCAGUUCACAAAACAUAGCCAACUUGAUGUAAACAGGACAAGUUGUUUUUAGAAAUCUUGGGCAGCCGAUGGCCGAUAAUUGAUGCUGAUUUAUGAUUUUUUGUUUUGGCUCAUAUUCAGCCAAUUUUCUUUUUCUCCAUUUGUGGAAAUUAUUGUUAAAUGCUAACAGAUAAUACAAAGAAUUAUGGCUGCAACUAAUUAUUAUUUUCAUACUUAUUUGGUCUGUUAAAUGUCAGAAAAUGUUGAUCAAACCUAGAAAUGAUGUUUUGUCCACAAACCAAAAAUUCCGUUUUAAUGAUUUCUUUGUUAUAUGGAGCAAAGACACCAGAGAAAUCUUCAAGAUUCCCAUAGAAACAAUCCCAAAUGAAUGCAUCAUAUUCAUAAACAGUGUCACGUGGUUUUCAACAUGUGUUCGGAUGUUAUUGGCAGACAAUAUUUGUGAAAUAAAUGUAUAAUAUCAGAAUAUUAUCACCAUUAUAUCAUUUAGCCCUAUUAUAAAUAGUGCAGGCAGAAUAACAGUAAUUUUGUGGCACAUCCAUAUUAUUGACAUACUGACAUUUUGAUAGGCCAAAUGUUGCAUAUUGCACCUUCUAAAAAGUGUUUAAGGGAGGGAAAAAGCAAAGUGGAAGAGGCUGAAAACAGUAAUUGUGUUAGAGAGGUGAAAUCAGAGGAGCAUUGAUGGAGGAGUCGUCGUCGUCACAGUGCAAAUAUGAAACGCACCCCUCUGUGUUUUUAACCCUCUGUUCUUCUGUGGAUGUUAUUUCCACACUCUGUCAUUCCACUCAUACAGCUUUUCUUUUUUCUGCUUUGUUGUAUUUAACUUUGUGAUAUUCUACUGGCUUAUAUAUAUGUUUUAUGUAUUAUUUGCACACAACUUUACACAAAGGUCAAUGUGGGUAUAUAUAUAUAUACUGUAUAUACACACACUUGAAAAGUAUAUGAUGUCAGAUGAUGAAAUACAAAAUGCAAGCGCUCCCUAAGGAUUGGUCAUUUAUACAAUUCUUUUGUAUGCAGAAAGUAUCCUGACGCUUCUCCAGUCGUCUUUUUUAAUGUAUUCUAAAAGGAAAUAAAUUGAAACAGACAGAGAAUGA